GUCACCAUCCUGAGACACAGAGAGAGACACAGUUGCUGCUGGUUUCACACAACACUUUGAUAUGGACGCACGGGUGCUGUUGUUGGUCCUUUGUCAGUGUGUCGUCACGCGAUGUCCCUUGAAUGAAAAAUACUCUGGGCACUCCCCAGCGGGGUUUGUGUGGGGGGCCGGGUCCUGGGCAACUCAGAUAGUGGGAGCAUGGAGAACGCACGCUAUCAAGCUGGACAAGUGCAACGUGAAGGGAUACACAGCUUGGUCUCUGAUGGACAACUUCGAGUGGUUGGCGGGUUAUCUCGAAGUGUUUGGCAUCCAUCACGUCAUCUUCUCACGUCCAGAGAGACCCCGCGACCCAAAGUCUGCCGCUAAAUUGUAUAACGGGGGGAGUGGCACUGCCGUGAAGGCGUUUGAUGACUUCUACUAUGGUACAUUCCCUGAAGACUUCAUAUGGGCGUCAGCGUCGGCGUCCUUCCAGAUUGAGGGAGCCCUUGAUGCUGAUGGCCGUGGUGAAAGCAUCUGGGACAACUUCGCUGCCCUCGACAACAACACCGGAAGGACUGCAUGUGACAGUUACCACAAAUACCAAGACGACGUCAAUCUUCUGAAAAACAUCGGGGUCAGUCAUUACCGGUUUUCCAUCACCUGGUCCCGAAUAUUUCCUGAUGGUACUCUCAGGUCGAAGAACCAGGGAGGAAUCAACUACUACCACCGGUUGAUCGACGCCCUGCUGGUGGCGGGCAUCAAGCCCAUGGUCACUCUGUACCACUGGGACCUGCCACAAGCCCUGCAGGACCUGGGAGGCUGGACCAACGCAUCCAUCAUCACAAACUUCAGGGAUUAUGCCGACGUUUGCUUUGAAGAAUACGUCAGCAAGGUGGAUUUCUGGAUCACCUUCAACGAGCCGUGGGUAUUCCUGAUGAAGGGGCUAGGGACGGGCGAAAUGGCCCCGGGGCACAGGAAUCUAGGGGACGAGCCCUACCUAGGGGGACACAACGUCUUGCUGGCCCAUGCUGAGGCGUACCACCUGUUUGGCAACAAAUACAGGGCGCAAAAUCCGGAAGUCCAGGUCGGCAUCAGCUUCAACAUUGACUGGGCGGAGCCUAAAGACCCCCUCAACCCGGAACACAUCGAGGCAUCGGAGUGGGCGGUGCAAAUGUUCCUGGGAUGGUUUGCAAACCCCGUACAUGGUAAUGGAGACUACCCGGAUGUGAUGAAGCGGAGAAUUGCUGCGGUCAGCGCUGCGCAGGGAUUGAACCAGUCCAGGCUACCCGCAUUCACCGAAGAACAGAAGACGCUCAUAAAGGGCACCUCUGAUUUCUUUGGUUUGAAUCACUACACCACACAUUACACCAGCAAACAGGAUGAGGGUCUCGCUGGAGAGAGUGCCCCCAACUACUUCCUAGACAGAGGGGUGGACACGGAGUUCGAUCCCCAAUGGAUCAAUUCCGGUUCUGACUGGCUCCGAGAUGUACCAUGGGGUGCACGGAAGAUUCUUAACUGGAUCAAAACCAAAUACGGGGAUGUGACGAUCUACAUGACGGAGAAUGGCUUUUCAGACACGAGCGGCGUCCUUGACGACCAACACCGCAUACAUUUCUUCAGGUACUACACCAACGAGGUGUUGAAAGCAAUCCACCUGGACAAGGUCAACGUCCGGAGCUACACGGCGUGGAGCAUCAUGGACAACUUCGAGUGGGCCCGGGGCUACACGGAGCGAUUCGGACUGCACUACGUCGACUUCGACGACCCCAACCUCACCCGUGUCCCCAAGGCGUCGGCAGCGUUCUACAGACAUGUGAUACAGGACAACGGGUUCAAGAAAGGUGCACUCACUGACCCCAACAGACAACCACUUUCGCACGAAGACGACUUCCUGUAUGGUCAUUUCCCAGAAGGCUUUGCAUGGGGCGCUUUCUGUUCCGCUCUGCAGACGGAGGGUGGCGGAAAUUUGCAUGGUGACACUUUCAUUGAUUGUACAGUCACAUUAGAGUGGCCUUGA